AUGUCAAAACCAUUGACUCGAACAUAUUCACUUCGAAAACAUGUGCGACCGAUGGUGGAUAUCGAUGAGGAAGAUGAUGAACAACGUCGAGAUUCGUUUGGUCGAAAGCGCGUAGCUGUUGUCGAUUGUUUAUUAGAUUCGUCAUCAGACGAAACUGAGGAGAUAAAUCGUAACAGUGAAAGGUUAAGCAACGUUCUCUGGUUAACGUUGACAGAAAUCUGUCAUAUACGUCGUGUUAUUGUUCAAACAACAUUAAGUCUUGAUAAGCAAUGCUCACAACUUCGGAAUGGAACUCUCUGUUUUCAAUGUCGAAAGAAGAUCAAUUCAUUCUUCUUUAUCCCGUUGUUUUUUCAAGCGAAUAACCGUGAAACUUGUUAUGUGUGUCAACAAACUAUGUGUAAAAAAUGUUCAUAUUACAACUUUACAUUACCGUCUUUGAAAAUACUGAUUCCGGUACAAAUUCAAACCUUACUCAAACCAUCAGCGGUGCAUAUCGAGCAGGAAAAGGAACCAUCGCAAAAGACGACAAGUAAUCAAGGAAAAAUAAUCUGUUACGAUUGCCUACGAGCAUUGAGUGAGCAUCGAGAAAGAUCUCAGUCUCGUCCCACACCUCCAAUUAGUCCAUUUCGUCGAACGUUCUCACUACCUCCUGUAUCGGAGAAAAAUUCGAGUGAACAUCGUUACACUCGACAUCGUUAUCGUCCACUGCAAGUGACGACUUCCAUAAACGAAAAGUCCGCCCACAACAGUACGUCAAGUAUCACAAAAUUCUAG